CCGGCUCAAGCCCUUCGGCCGCCACCGCCGCCGCCGCCGCCUCCGACGCGAGAGAAGAAAUGUCCCGCACAGGACCCCUCUCCAGGAACCUCUCUUGGAGCACCUUCCUGCGGGAGCGUGGCCCGGAAGUGCUGGAGGUUCCGGGCAUGACUGAUCUCAUGGAGUACUAUGAUCCGGGGCCCUCCCCUAACAGCACCAACUCCGACGAGGUGGCCAUGCGGCUGGCCUUCAUCGGGGACGAGAUGGAAGUGAGAUGGAUGCUCCCCCGCGUUGGCGAGAUGCCCGGGAUGGCCAUGUACAGCUUGGCUUUUACCUACAACCAGACAGGCCUGAGAGGUGUUCUUAGAAGUUUCAUGGAUGGUCUCGGCAACCUCAGGGAGAGCAUGCGGAUCUGGAGCUUCCUGACCUUCCGGAACAGGGUGCCCCCCAACCCAGGGCGCGGGCUGGUGCUGUCCCUGCUGCUGCUGCUGGUGCUGCUGCUAGGCUGGGGGCCCCAGCUCCAGUGACGCAGCCGCUGUGGGGGUGGGAGUGGGGGCUGGCCCCCCCCCCCCCCGACUGCCACCCUGGAGGUGGCCUUGUUGGUUUUGUUGUCUUUUUAACUGUUUUCUGAUGAUCCCUUUUUUAUAUUUAAACUCUGAGUGCUGGGACACUACUGAGGUUUCAUGCUAGUUUUUUUCUUUUCCUUUUUGUAAGAGAAAUGAAUUCAUUAUACCUCUGGGGUCGUUACUGGUUAACUGCCCGUGGACCUGCUCUCCUGGCCCCAACCCACCAUGCCGGGGCCUGUCGCCGGAAGGUGGGGGGUCCUGCGGGGUGUGGGGGGGGAGUGCUGGCCACACCCCCAUGUCUGUGAUGCCCGGGACAAAGAGAAUCUGCUGGAAGAGAUUCUGAGGGGUGAGGAGAGCUCAAUAAAAUGUUG